UACGCAGCGCACCAACCCAGAUAUCCCGACCCGAAGCGGCGAAACCAAGACCGCCGUGCCGUGCCGUGUCGUGGGUACGUGACUCGUAGUGGGCUGCCUCGCAGGUAGCCGCCACGCUGCCCUCUGCCGUGACGUCUCCCUCUUCUCCUACUCCUACUUUCCCUCCCUCCUCGCUGGCGAUUAUUACUUACAGGCGAGCUUGGACCCCGCGACGAGCCAGCAACUCCAGCAGCAGCAGCAGCCGGGUGCGCGGAGGAAGGAGAGGGAGAGGGAGAGCCUGCCUGCCUGGCCGAGGUUCCUCUCGGGCUCCGCGCUUGCUCGAGGGAUCUCGUCGGCCGGCCGCGAUGGAGGGGGAGGACGGCGGCGGCGGGGUGGACUGGGACAGCCUGGCCGAGGCGGCGUCGGGGGCCGUCGGCGCGCUCGUCAGCACCACCGUGCUCUACCCGCUCGACACCUGCAAGACCAAGUUCCAGGCCGACGUCCAGACGGACCAGGGCGCGCACAAGUACAGGAACCUUUCAGAUGUCUUUUGGGAAGCAAUUAAGAAAAAGCAAUUUUUGUCCCUAUAUCAGGGACUUAAGACGAAGAAUAUCCAGUCGUUCAUUUCGCAGUUCGUUUACUUUUAUGGCUAUAGCUAUUUCAAACGACUCUACCUGGAGAAGAGUGGAGCUAAGUCUAUUGGAACAAAAGCCAACUUGUUGAUUGCAGCCGCCGCUGGUGCUUGCACAGUUGUUGUGACACAGCCAUUAGAUACGGCAUCUUCUAGAAUGCAAACAAGUGCUUUCGGAAAGUCCAAAGGGCUGCGAGCAACUCUUGCAGAAGGAACUUGGCUUGAGGCAUUCGAUGGCUUGGGCAUUUCCCUUAUGUUAACAUGCAAUCCUUCAAUUCAGUACACAGUGUUUGAUCAGCUUAAGCAAAAGCUAAUCCUGAGGCAGACGCGUAAAAAUGCAGAAUCAGCAAGUGAUUCUUCCCCGGUUGCUCUUUCUGCAUUCUCGGCAUUCCUCCUUGGUGCCAUCUCAAAAAGUGUUGCUACGAUCUUGACUUACCCAUUAAUCAGGUGCAAGGUCAUGAUUCAGGCUGCAGACCCCGAUGAUGACGAUGAGGACGAAUCUGAAAGGACAGGGCCAGGCAAUUCAAGGCCCCCCAAGACAAUGUUGGGUGCUAUGCAUGCAAUGUGGAACAAGGAAGGCAUCCCAGGCUUCUUCAAAGGAUUACAUGCUCAGAUACUAAAGACGGUUCUGAGCUCUGCAUUACUGCUGAUGAUAAAAGAGAAGAUUUCAAAGUUCACCUGGAUCUCGCUGCUAGCCCUGCGGCAAUACCUCUUUGUUUCUCGGAAGAGAAUCAAGAGUGCAUAAUUGUAUCAUAUGUCAGACCUGAGAAAACCAGUCGAAUCGUCCACCGGUAUUUCAAGAUCUUAUACUACCAAAUAACAGAAGUACAGAAGCAUGCAGAAGAACACAAUCGUCCUGAGAGCGCCAUGGAAUGUUCUGAAUAAAUUCAUUUGUUUUUUCGUGUAGCUCUGAGUAUCUGAUAUGUACUUGGAAUGGAAAUACAGUAUGGAAUAGGUGUUGUCCAGAAGUAGUUCUGGUGAUGUGAUUGUGGUCUGGUAGACUGGUACCAUACGUGUAAAAUGCCACUUUUGUUCUAUUCUUUGUUCUUUGCUGGAAUUGAAGCAAUAGCAAUAAGUCUCCCAUGUUGUGAAA